UACUACAUUAAUACUUGAGUAAUAAUAAAAUUUUCAUUAUAAUGCAUACUAUAAUUGGAAUUCACAAAGAUGUCAAGUGAAGAAUCAGUUUUAUUUAAAAUGUGUCAAUUUAAAUUUAAGUUAAUUUUAAAUAUCUAGUUGCCUAAAAACUACAAAUAACAGAAUUUGAACAAUGGCUUCACACUAUCGAAAAACUCUUCCAUCUGCUGAUGCUGCAUUAGCGUCUGAAGUUUUUGACCGUUUCUGUACAGCAUCCACUAUGAAAACUAUUCUUGGUCAUUUUCGACAUCUAUGUGAAAUAUUGCGCAUCAAACCUACUAAUUUCCCUCAAUUUUAUCCAAAACUGAAGACAAUGUUAUGUUCGUGGAAAGCAAAAGCUUUAUGGAAUAAAUUUGAUAAAAAAGCAAGCCAUAAAUGUUAUAAUCGAGGCAAAGCAUGUAUGAAUACAAGGGUUUUAAUAAUUGGUGCGGGACCCUGUGGAUUACGUGCUGCAAUUGAAGCUCAACUCUUAGGUGCUAAAGUGGUUGUAGUGGAAAAAAGAGAUCGGCUUUCAAGACAUAAUGUUCUUCAUCUUUGGCCUUUUGUUAUUCAAGACUUAAAAGGGCUUGGUGCAAAAAAGUUUUUUGGUAAAUUUUGUGCUGGCGCAAUUGAUCAUAUAAGUAUAAGGCAGCUUCAAUGUAUUCUGUUAAAAGUUUCUUUAAUCUUGGGUGUUGAAAUUCAUGAAGGUGUUAGCUUUGAUGCUCUUUCUCCUCCUCCUGAAAAAGAUGAAAAAAUUGGUUGGAGAGCUAAUAUUAGUCCAGCAGAUCAUCCUGUUUCUCAGUAUGAAUUUGAUGUUCUUAUUGGAGCUGAUGGUAAACGAAAUACAUUAGAAGGAUUUAAAAGAAAAGAAUUUCGUGGUAGAUUAGCGAUUGCUAUAACUGCAAAUUUCAUUAACAAACACACUGAAGCUGAAGCAAGGGUUGAAGAAAUAUCUGGAGUGGCUUUUAUAUUCAAUCAAAAAUUUUUUAAAGAUCUUUAUCGAGAAACUGGAAUUGAUUUAGAAAAUAUUGUAUAUUAUAAAGAUGAAACUCAUUAUUUUGUAAUGACUGCCAAAAAACAUAGCUUGAUCGAUAAAGGAGUUAUAUUAAAUGAUUAUGCUGAUGUCGCAAAAUUGUUAGCUCUAGAAAAUAUAAAUAAAGAAGCAUUAACAGAGUAUGCAAAAGAAGCUGCAAAUUUUUCAACAAAUUAUUCAUUGCCUCAACUUGAAUUUGCUGUUAAUCAUUAUGGUCAACCUGAUGUAGCUAUGUUUGAUUUCACUUCAAUGUACGCUGCAGAAAAUUCUAGUCAUGUAAUUCAAAGAAAUGGUCAUAAGCUUCUAACCACAUUAGUUGGAGACAGCUUAUUAGAGCCAUUUUGGCCUACUGGUUCUGGUUGUGCUCGUGGUUUUUUAAGUUCCAUGGAUGCUUGUUGGGCUAUUCGGCAGUGGGGUACUCCAGAUUCUAAUCCAUUAGAUGUAUUAGCUGAAAGGGAAUCAAUUUAUCAUAUUCUUGGUCAAACAACACCAGAAAAUUUACAUAAAAAUAUAGCUAGCUAUACUGUUGAUCCUCAUUCGAGAUAUCCUAAUUUGAAUACACAUGCUGUUCUUCCUUUGCAAGUUGUACAUUUAUUUGAUUGUGAUGACAAGAGUAUUAUAGAAAAAUUACUAAAAACUCCUCGCCAAGCAAUUACGCCAGUUCAAGAUGUUCCAAAAAAAAGAAGACGGAAAGUCCGUUUGGCUGCUCUCGAUCCUGCAAAAAAGGAAAGUCAAGUACAUCAAGAAACCUUACAUAAUUGGUUGAAAACUCAAGUUGAACCUUAUGAUACAAUAUCUGUUGAUGAUUUUGCUAAAUCGUUUAAAAAUGGCUUAGCAUUAUGUGCAAUUAUUCAUAGGUACCGCCCAGACUUGAUAGAUUUCUUUUCUCUUUCUCAAUCAGAUGUAGCAAAAAAUAAUCAAUUGGCUUUUGAUAUAUUAGAACAUGAAUUUGGAAUUCCUCCAAUAAUGUCUGGUAUUGAAAUGGAACAGUGUGAUGUACCUGAUAUUUUGGCCAUAUUAUCUUAUUUGUCACAAGUAUAUGAUACUUUUAGAAGAGAAAUUCCACAUAUAAAACAUCCAAAAUUGGAAGAGAGUGAUCAUGGUCCAACACCCGCUGAAAGUCGUUUUAGAAUUAAUGUUGCUAGAAAUAAUAUUUUUACCCCUUAUUCAAAACCAUCUAUUCUAGUAAAGCCCAUUUCACAGUCACGAAAACGUUCCGGUGUUAAUAGUGUAUCUACAGUUGAUAAAAGCAAUUCUUCUAUGCAAAGACGUAAUAGAAAACGACGAACAAACAUAAAUAAUGGAUCAUUGGCACAAAUAAAAAAACGACUGCAUAUACAAAUGCAACAAAUUUAUAUAAGAGAACCUGAAGAUGAUGAAUUUUUAGAAAAUAAUAAUCCAGAACAGUUUAAAGAACGAGCUAGAGAAUUGGAGAAAAAAUUAUUUCCUAGUCCACGAGAUAAUCGUGUUCAAAGAGACUGUUCUCCUCGUUAUAAAAUGGAGGAAGACAUUUCAGUUAGAGCUAAAGAAAUUGAAGCAAAACUUAAAGGUGGCCCAUCCAUUGAUAAAAAACCUAAAGAUCUUUUGCGGGCUAUUGGAAAAAUUGAUAAAAGCGAUUGGAAUGUAAAAGAAAUAGAAAGAAAAAUAGAAGAAAAUAAAAUGCACACUAAACACAUUAAAAAUGGUACUGAAAAAGUACCAAAAUGGAGCCGACCUCAAUUUGAUGAUAAAGUAAGUGCUAUCAAAAAGAAACUUCACGUGAAAGGAUAUGAUAAUGACAAUAAUGACAAAAAAUAUAUGGAAAUUGAUGAUAGUUUAAAUAAACUAAAUAGAAAAAUUAAAGAUGGAAAUAUUUUAGAUCAAGGUCAACGUGGUGCUAAUAAAGUUUCAGCAAUGGCUGCUCAUUUAGCUACAAUAAAUAAACAACCUGAACAGCCUUUACUCCAGAGAUCUGGUGCUAAAAAUACAGUAAUAAUUCCACAAGGUGGAAGUGAAACAUGUCAUUUUUGUAACAACCGUGUUUAUUUAAUGGAACGGUUAAGCGCAGAAGGAAGAUUUUUCCAUCGUGGUUGCUUCCGUUGUGAAUAUUGUCUUACAACCCUGAGAUUGGGUAAUUACAUGUAUGACCGAGAAGGUAAAUUUGACAAUCGUUUUUAUUGUUCUCAACAUUUUGGAAUGUCUGGAACACAACAAAUGAGAUCUCGAAGAAAACUUGAGCAAAAGACUGAACCAGAUUUAGGGAUCAAACCUUUCAUUUUGGAUAAAACAGUAGAAAAAACAAAAGCAUCAAUGGAGUCAUUAGAUCGGGGUGAAACACCUGAACGUGUAGAAUUCGAAAAUUUAGAUAUAGAAGAAGAUUUAGCUCAAAGUGAAAUGGAUGAAGAUGAAUGGACUGACCGUAAUUUUGGUGCUUCAGCUAAUGAAAUGCUCUCUUCUGAUGAAUUAUCUGAAUUUAGUGAUAGUGAAAGUGAUGAGAAUCAAAAUCCUGAAUUAAAUAUUGAUAAUCAAGAACAAAAGCCACUGCCAAAUAAUAUUAAAAAUGACAAUUUAUCUAAUAUUAACAUAGAAGAUGAUGGCUUGAGUUCACAAAAUGAAUCCGAUGAGUCACAGGAUCGUUUCAGUUAUAAAGAAUUUGAUAGUGGUGAUGAUGAAAGUGACACUGCAACUGAAGGAGAAGAAGAAAUUAAAGCACGGGAAAUCAGAAAACAGGAAGUUUGUUUACGUAUUCCUAAUAUAUCAGCAGCUACUACAGAUACUGGAUCUGAUACAGAGAUUGCAACUGAUUAUUAUUCAACAAGUUCAGGUAAUAAUUCUGCGACAGAAAUAUCUACAGAUUCUGAAUUUGAACGGGAUGAUAAAACACCAACAAAACACAGUAUUCCAAAUAUAAUCGUUAGUGAAAGCAUUCAAUCAAAACGUGUUGUUGAAGAAACAAAAGUAGAUCCUUUAGUACCAGAAAAUCCAAAAAUAGCAGAAAUUUUAAAUAGAGCCCAAAAUCGUCCUAAUUUUAUUCCAUUUGCUAACCCUGGUUAUGAGCUUAAUCGAACACAAUCUACUGAAGGUAUUGCUACUAAACGUUCAUUAGAGCUGAAAAAAUUGUACUUGUUGGCUGGUAAUGGCAAUGGAAUGGCUGUAAAAAAAUCUGGCUCUUCUACAACUUUAGAUACAAAAUUCAAAAGCUUUGUUGAUCAAAUAUCAGAGUAUCAAAAAAAAUUAAACCCAGCUCCUAUAACCAAUCCCACAGUACAAACAUUUUCACAAAAUGUAAAUCCUAUUGUUAAUAAAAAUGAAAAAAAAUCAAAAGAACUAUCAGAAACUAAUGAGUUUCAACAUGUUUGUUUAAAACACUCUGAAGAUAAUGGCUGUAAUGAGAACAACGAAAAUAAUCAUAAAAUAAUAGAAGUUAAUAAUGCUCAUAAUCAAGUAAAUGAUAUUGAAUCACGUCCUCGUAGUCCAGUACACGAAACUUCUAUAAUUGUACCAGAAUUUCAUCGUUCCCAAAGUAUAAAUAAAAUAGAAUCUGAUUCUUUAUCAACAGAUACUUCAAUAGAUACAGAAAAUGAUUUGGAAAUUCCUAAUGUAUUAUCUGAUGAAAAUGAUAUUCCCAUAGAAAACCAUAAUUUACCAAAAUUGGAAAUCCAUAAUUCUCGAGGUGAACUUAUGAAUGAUGCAGAACAAAAGGAACAGCUUACUGAAUCAGAAUGUAUGCAAAAGUACGCAGAUAAUGGAUUUAAUAAAAUUAUUACUGUUCCAAGUCCGAUUAAUGAUAAAAAUGUUAGAAAUGGUGAAGUAUUAAAACAUGUUUCUACUACUGCUGAUUUAUUUAUGAAUGAUAUUUCAAAAACUAAUAGUGAUGAAAUAGUUCAUCCAGAUUCUCAUAUUCAUGUUGAUCAUAGACCUGAUUGUAAUAAUGAUGAAGAUCAUACUGUUGAAGGACAGACUGAAACUGAACUUUCUGAUUGGGCUAGAGAUGAUGAUGUUGGAGUAUCUGAAGCAUGGGAUGAUUUUGUACCUGUACCAAUAAAAUCAUUAACUUAUAGAAAACAUCAGAGGCCCAAAUCAAAACGUAAACCUCGAAAUUCUCCAAAAAAAAGACCUAAUGAAGAUUUAGAUGAGUAUGGUCAUAUAUGUGGAAAAAUUGACAGUGAAAAUAUUGAGUUUAUGGAUACCAUAAGUGACAACGAUUCUAAUGAACAUGUUGCUGCAUUAAAUCAAACAUUGAUUCACAAUACUGGCUAUGUAGAAUUUGUAACUAAUCCUCAAAUGGAUGAUGAACUAAAAACCCCUGUAGUUGAAACUUUGAAUGCUAUUUAUAAUUUGUCAGUUGAUAAGGAUGAUAAUGAUACUACAACAACAAGUGAUCUAGUCACAGUAAUGGAUUUUAAAGAUAAUAUAAAUAAUGUUGAAGAUGAUAUUUUGACUCCAAUUGUUGAUGUAGACACAAAUAAAACAUAUCAGGAGUAUGUAACACGUUUGCAAGAGAAAAUUACUCCAUUUAACAACAUAAAAGAUACCAUUGAUAUACGUAAAAUGAAAAAGAAUAGUAAAGGAGAAAAACUAGAAAUCAAUGAUUCAAAAGAAAGAAAUAUAAAUGAACAAAAUUCUACCAUAUUUAAGCUUCAACAAAUAACUCAGGAAAGAAUGAAAGAAAAAAAUUUAAUUCAUGAUAUGGUUAUGAGUAAAAUACCAAGUAAAUUACCAAAUGAAAGAAAACAACGCCGUAACAGAAGCUCUCCUUUUUCUCCAGAGUCUAAUUCAGAAAAUUUUGAAUUUACAAAACCAUUAUCAAUUAAUCAAUAUAAUACAGAUUCAAAAAUUCGCCCUUCAUCUCUUCUUAUUCCCAUUAAAAGUCCUUUGAGUGAACGAAAAACCAAUUCCACUAAACAAAUUUCCUCUUCAGAAGCAUUUUCUUUACCAGAUAUUAGAAAAGCAUUAUUUGAUGAAAAGACCCCAACAUCAAGUAUUGCUGAAAUAUUGAAAUCCACUGAAGAAAUACGUGAAAAUGCUAGGGCCAGAGCUAGACUAAAGAGUGAUUCUGAACUAGGUAUAAGUCCUGAAGAUAAAAUUAGACAACUCAGAGAAAAAUUAGAACGAAGAAGAGCAGUAAAAAGUGAAUGUGAUGGACUUUCAAUACUGUCUAAAAGUAAAAGUUGCCAAUCGAUUGAUGAAUUUAAUUUUGAUAUAGCCUUGUGUGACACACCUAAAAGAAAUGAUCAAAUGAAAAAUGAUCGCCCAGAAAGGAAACGAAGUAUUACACAAACGGUCAUGGCUGCUUUUUUUCAAAAGAAAACACCCUCAUCAAGUAAAAUACGUUCUCCUAGUCAACAAACAUCUCCAUCGAAGUUUAAGUUUCUAAUAAGUGGCAAAACAAAAGAAAAAUCUCAGUCUGCAGAUAAUGUUGCUAUUUUCAUUGGAGAUUAUGAUAAAAAAUUAAUUCCAGCGGUUGGAGACAAGCCUGUAAAAUAUAAAUCAAAUAGCGAAUCAGAAAUCAGACGACGCUUAAUAGAUUCAUUGGCUCCACCUAUACCACCAUUACCAUCGUGUUAUAAUAUUAUUGAUCCUCAAUCAUUAGUUAUUACCGAUGAUGAAGUCAAAAACAAUAAAGUUAAUGAUGAUCUUAGUAUUCUAAGUGCAGAUGGUAAAAUGUCCAAGGCUGAAAUUAAAAUUGCUAGACAGUCACAAUACAAAAGGUUACGUAUUGCGCAAGAAAUUCAAAGAAAAUUAGAAGAAUUAGAUGUUAAACUAAAAACUUUAGAAGCUGAAGGUGUUGAAGUUGAAAAGAAGCUAAGAGGAGAAGGAAAUGAAGAAAAUGAAGAUGAACCAUCACUUUUGCAUACUUAUUGUGAAUUGAUGAGUGAAGUGAAUCGAUUAAGAAGAGAAGAACGUGAAUUAGGAUUACAAGCACAAGAGUUAGAAAUAGAAGAUAAUCUUGCAAGAUGUGAAACAACAGUUAAUAACAAUGAUGAAUGGAAUAAUAUAUCAACUACUCAUUAGUUAUAAGCUAUUAAAUAUAAUGUUUACAAGUUAUAUAUUAUGCAUUCUUAGAUAAAACAUCGAAAAAUCCUUUAACUAACAGGAACGUUUAGCUCACUUAUUAUUUAAGUCUGUUUAUGGAACAAAUAAUCGUAUUUUAUUUAUUUUUUAUACUUGUUUUUUCUUCUUUUGUUUGUACUGUAAGUAAGCUAAAGUGUGAUAGUUUUAUUUUAAUCAACGAGUCAAAGUUUUAACUCAAUAAUGGUACUUCUUAAGUAAUAAAAUCCUAAGCCAAAGCUAACAAUUUGAUACAAUUCAUUAAAAUUUAAUUUUGUAUAAUCUGUGAUAUAAUGUUUAGAUUUAUGACUCAAUUGGGCCUUAUAUAUUUUAAUAUAAUAUAUUAUAAAAAUAAUGAUCAUUUUUUUUUUUUUUUAACAUAGCC